AUGUCGGGGAUCUCCAUCGUGCGGACCUCCAUGGCAUGGACCUUCUCCGCGGACCUCCUUCGCCCGGACCUCCAUGGCGUAGACCUUCGGCGCCACGGACCUCCAUGGCAUGGACCUCCACUACAAGGACCUUCAUGUUUGUCCCUUCCAUCAAAUCCUAGCCGCCGCCACCCCAGUCUCUUCUCUGUUUCCGUGCCUGACCAACCAUCGCGGCUCGUUCCCACAACCGCCUCUUUCCAGCUUCAGCGCCUCGUCCCCGAGCUCUCGGACGCCACCGUUCCCGUCCAUCACAGGCGACUGAAACCAGCAGGCCCCAGCGCUGUAGCACCUGAUCGUCUUGGCCUCCACCUGCAGUCGACGACACCCCCGGUAACCCUGCGCCUCUUCCCGAUUCAGGAGGAGAGGAGCUCCUCCCGAAGCCUUUUCCUCGCCAUCGCCGUUCGGCGCCGUCGCAGUAGGAGCUUCCGCCGCUGUUUCGCGUCAGAUCCGGCCCAGGACCGCCAGAUCCCGCCGCCUCCGCCAUGGAUCCCCCAUCCCCAGACCUCCUGCCGCUCGCCGGAGCCCUCAGCGCCGCCGCUGCCCUUCUUCCUGUCGAAAAGAGGAGGACGAAGCCUCUGCCUCAAGUCGUUCGAUGCGACCGCGUUGACUCCCGCUGUUUUGACCGAGCCGGCCCACAGUUUCUUUUCCAGCGAGGCCCAGCCUCCCAUCCAGCGGCACGCGAAGCCCAGCUCCCAAACCGGCCUGCUGUCUCCCCACCGAGCCAGGCCAAGGCCCGAAGUGAUCAGCCCCGCCCCUGUUGCUGUUGGGCUAGUUCUUGUUUUGGCCCUGUUUGUUUCUUCGGGUUGGUUCCGGUAACGUCGCGUUUGUGAGGACCCGUUCGACUACGUCCGUUUG